AAGAUAAAAGAGCGAAGUUAUAGCACUACCUGAAUGGAUAAAGUGCCGUUUUAAUUACCUAAUCACCACUGCUGUUUAGCAUUCGUUUUAUAUCAUUAUACAGGGAAAUAGUGGUAGUGCUAUUUCUGAAUUGUAACAUGCCUGAACAGUUAUAGCUUUCUAACCUUGCCCUUAAUGACAAUUGACAAGGAUUUAGAAGCAUGAAAUCCAAAAGAUUUUAAACUUAAUGUCACACAGUUCAGCCGAACCUGGCGGAAAUAUUGAUCUGUUUUUACCUAGGGUGAGAGGGAACUGGGAUACACAUAAGCAUGGACAUGGAAUAGUUUCAUUCAUUGAUCGGGAGUUUCUUGUUAAGGAUUACUGUAUGAUAUAAGUAUUUUUUCUGAGAAACAUUCUUGCAGAUUAGAAAUUUAAAAGUCCCUCUGUUGGAAGAAAUAACGAACUCUUCACUGAAUUGUGGGCUGUGCCACAUAAGUAACAAACUUACCAACUGUGUCGAAAUUUCUUUUGUUUUUUGUGUUCUUCAAAGGAACUUAUAUAGAGAGACCUAGCUGAACUUGUAUUGUUAACAAAAGAAGAUCAAGGAUCAAAGAGCAGUGAAUCUUGUCAAGUGAUUUUUUAACCAGCCCCUUUAAAUCAUCAUACAUUGCAUAAUCAAUAGAGAGUGUAGUGUGUUUGUAGCCCACCUGAGUCGAGGCAGCCUGUUUACUUUGCCAGACCAAACUAUCCAAACGGAAUCUUGUAUUCGAGAACAGUGAUUAUAAAUAGCGUGAGGGACUCGACAGCCUUCUACUGAACUCAUCAUUUUAUCCAUGUGUUGUGGAAUCGAUAGAAUAACGAAGUUACUGAGGGUUGCUUGUUGACUGUGCCGGCAUGUUAGAUAGGAAUGCAUGACAGGCCGGCAUUGAUGCAUGACUAUGUAAUCUGUGUAGGCCUUGUGUCAAUUUAAAAUGUGGAGGGAAUAUUUUAUAAACUGUUGGAAUAAUCAUGUCGGAAAGUUCAUGUUUUGUAUGGUUUUAUGAGUAACAAGAACAUAACUGCUAGCCUUUGUGUGUUGGAUAAGAAUUUGUGGUAUAUUAAAGGAACAGUUUAUCUUACAAGAUGAAAUCAUGUGCCAUUGAUUGACUUUGACUAACUUUGAAUGAUAUGUGUUUGAAGAUUUAUCAAAUUCAUUGAGUCAGAACUGAAACAGUAAGUUAAAAAAUGUCCUACAGUACAUUAAUGACAAACAUUUGGCCUCCUCCAAAUGACGAAGUGAGAUCACGACUGGAACGUUUACAAGAACUCAAACAGCUGAGAGAGAAGAGAGAGAGUACACAGUCUGGUACCCUGCCCUCGCGUACUGACAGCGGGGACUCGGAGGGGACCAGACUCAGUCGCCGACAGCUCCUCAAUACCAGGACCUUACCAACGAGCCGACUCAGGGAGAAACAAGGAGAACGACUCAAAGCCACCCUAGAGAAGAAAUCACAGAGCUCAAGUUUGUCGCAGGAAACUAACAGCAGGGCUGACUAUGGUGGAGCCAGACCCAAGAAUUUCAGUACCUCACUCAGAGGAAGUUCAUCAGAAACGUCAGAAAUCCUGGCCUCCAUCAGGAGGAGGGAGAACAACGGCCUCACAGGCAAGGAAAGACAGAGGACAAUAUCAGCAGACAGUGAUACAUUUGAUGAUCAUGAACCAAGUAAUAAUGUGUUAAACAGGGCAACCUCGGCAAGGCUCACUUCUACUGGAAGUCCGGGUUGUCCUGGUGAUGAACUGGAAGCUGGCGUCAAACCGCAGGAUGUGAGUGUUGAGUCGGAAAGUGCGGAUCAUACGGAGGACAUUGAGAGCUUCAAACAGAGUUUGUAUGGUACAACGAAGACAAAAACAACCCAGCAGGGAAAAGUUCUAGUGCCAUUCACUGAUCCUUCUAGUUUAAUAGACUCUUCUAAAUUGUCAAACAGGAUAAUGACUUCAAGUAAAAGUGAAAGUAAGGGGAAAUUGGGAGACUCUGCGAGGUGGAGAAAGAAUGUUCCUCAAAGUAAAGAUAAAACUACUGUGCUGAAUGGUGAAAAGUAUGAAACUAGUAAUGGACUAGCUGAUGUUAAAAAUGGAGGUUUAGAUUCCAAUAUGGAAACUAGCACAGUGAUGUCAAGUUUGACUUCUGAGAAGUCAGAAACUGUCAGUGAACAACAAAGUGAAAAUGGAAAAGCACUAGUUUUUGAUGGUGAAAGUUUGACUGUGACAGGGGAAGUUGAAAGUAACACUAAAAUUUUACUAGGUCAUGACAAUGUGUUAUCUGAACACAGCAUUCAAACUGAAACUAAUGGUGAAGUUACAGAGAACACUGAUUCCUCAGUAUAUGGAUUAUUAGAUCAAGUUGUUCAUGGAUCAUUUAGUGUUAGGGAGCAGACAUCUGAUUUCAGUGUUCCAGGUCCUGCAGACAAUUCCAGUUACAAAGACAGCAUUCUGAAUGAGAGUGACAGCAUUCUGAAUGAGAGUGACAGUAUCUUUGACUCGAGGUAUGAGGAGAAUUUUGAGGAGGAGGACACAUUUCCCGACAGAGACGCCUGGCAGAGCAAUCGCUGGGGAGGAGAAAGUACCACUUCAUACAGGAGUGCGUGGCAGACAGACAGACAAAACUUUGAUAGGAGCAGUGGAUAUGCUCCUAAACAAUCCAGACGUGAUGUUCUGACAGCCAACAGGACAAAACAACCUGCAACGAGAAUCACUAGGUAUGCAUCCUUACCUAGCAGUGCAGACAGUCGUGUGUCUGAGUUCAGAUCAAAAUAUCUCAGUCGUGAUUACUCAGAACCUUACACAAGCUCAUAUGGAGAUGACAGCAGCACAACGUCAUAUCGAGAAACGAGACAAGAGGACAUAUCCAGUAGGCUGGGAAACAUUUUGAGUGAUAGCUUUAAGAAGUUUGACAGUGUUCUGGAUGGGAGUGAUGUACAGAGGAGGUAUGAGGAUUCCUCUAAAAGUUUUAGGACGACUGAGGACCAACCGAGGAGCGUACGGAGGAGCUAUAGCCAGAGAGGGGAGAGUGACACCGAGUCCAGACUCGGGCGAUUCAGAAGAACGAGUGAGACAAAUAACGACACUGACUCCAGACUCGGUCAAUACAGGAGAACCAAUAGUGACAGUGAAUAUAGAAGUCAGUAUGACAGUCCUACGCCUCAACCAGAUCUUGGUAUGACUGAGUUUAUUUCAAACAUUCGCAGUAGAAUGAGUGGGAUGAACCCAGUGAGUGAGAGUCAGAACAAGCCACUAGCGCGAUCGGGCGGAGUCAGCUCAGUGUUAGAGAAUGCCAAGAGAAUGUUACUGGGUAUUACAGACGAGCCUGAAUUGAGUGAUAGUGACGAGCAGUUCAGAAACAUGAGACUUCAAACAGAACAAUUGACUGAUUCCCUACUUCCAGCAGAAGAUUCCGGAGAUAUAACAGAGCCACUGAUGGAAUCUCAUGCUCCUAUGGAAGAGAAUAAAUAUGUGUCUCAAAACUUAAACAAUGGAGAAAUUAGUGAGAGUGAUGUUCAGAUGGUAGAAGAUGAAGAUAAUGUUACUGAAGUUCUGCUUGAAAAAGGAAAUGUUAUUCAGCUGACAUCUGAACUUGAUAAACAAUUGGACAAUAGUGAAAAAGCGAGUGAAAAUAUAAAGUCUGUUCAUCAGGAUGGAGAAAUUGCAUUGAUCAAUAAAACAGCUUCUAACCAAUUACAAGUUCACGCAGAAUCUGUGGAAAAUGAAGCAAAAGCAAAAAGUUCUGCUAAAGUAUAUAAAGCAGAACAAUUAAAAAACUCUGAAGUUGAUAUGGAGUCAGAGAGUGCUAAAUUGGAGAAAACAACUGACAACAGUCCCAGUCCUAAGAAACAAAAUUCAACCAAAGGAAAGAAUAAAAAGAAAAAGAAAGGAAAGAAGAGGAAAGAUUCAGAAAAUAAAUCUGACACCUCCAGCAAUAUUGACAGUAAAAGUCUAGAUGGCAAGAAAAUUGAGAUUUCUCAGAGUGAAGACAUUCUGACUGUAACCAUAGAAGACUCCACUGCAGUAGAAGAUAAGCAGAAGGAAACAACGGAAUCAGUGGGAGAACAGCUGGAGAGCAUGAUUAGUGACAUUGACCACAGAAGUGAGAAGACGUCCGUGGCCACAGAGGAUCUCCUCUCUCUGAAUGGGAAAGAAGAGGAAAGCGAAUCAGGGUCGAGCAAAACUGAGAGCAGUGUCUCAAAGGCAACAUCUAGCAAGUCAAGUGAUGAAAGCAAUCAGACCACCAAGUCCCAGAUUCAUGGGGAAAAUUCUGUCGCAGUGAGUGAAGAGGAUUUGCUUGCUGCGACAAAGAACAAGGAAGAUGGCACGGACAGACUUGGUCACCUUCAGGCUGAUUGUGAACAGUUUGAAACUGCUUCUGAGGAAGAGUUUUAUGAGGCAACACCAGGGGAAUAUGGAGAUGAAGAGGGGAAUGUGUUUGUAGAGCACAGGGAGAAAUUCAUAUAUGUGACUGGUGGAUCCAAAGUCAGGAAGAGAAAACUCAGCAGAAAGUCUCUACUUGGAGAAAAACAAUCCGAGGAAGUGAAAGCACAAGCUGAUAGCUCUAGAUUCGGUCAUGUCAAGGAAUGGAUGGAAAGUCAUAUAUUUCCAUCCAAUAACACAGUGCAUGAGAAAGACCUUGGUGUGAAAUCUAGUGACCACGGAAGUCAGCUGUCUGUGAAUUCUACACUUGGUGAUUUUGAUUCUAGAGGAAGUCUAGGCAGCAAAGAAAUGUUGGAUGAGGGGAAGACAAUUACAAAUGACUCUAUACACAGUGGUGAUACUUUCAAGACCAAUGCUGCGCUGGAGAAGAGGGAUAUGUCUGUACAAACUAAUGUGUCCUCAUUGAAUACACAGAACAUUGGGACUCAGAUGUUAAUUAAAGCUAGAAAUAUAGGUGUGCAAAUUGAUUCAGAACUUUAUGAUAAAUUUGUUCAGACUCUAGGAGAACUUGUGUGUCCUUGUUGUAACAAUAUAAUUAACAUUCAAGAAGGUUUUAUUACUUCUGCUAAAGACAGAGAUGUUCAGAAAAUUAAGGAAGAACUGAAGUUAAAGCUUGGAGUAGAAAAUGAAGGGCAAACCAAAGUGGAAAGAUCUAUUUCAUCUUCAGACACCAGUCCCAAAUCAAAAUCUUCCUCAUCACAAAAUUCUGUAACAGCAUCUCCAAGAAGUCCAUCUUUGACCUCUUCAGUGAAACAGAAGCAAGUUGAAAAGGUUCCACCCAUAACACUCGGAAAACAAAGUCCAUCUACCGUCAAAAGAAACAAUUCUGUAAGAGAAAUGACCACAAAGAAAAGUCCAGCAACCACUCCAAGAAAGCAGAGUCCUACAAGAAAAAGUCCAGCCACUACACCUAGAAAACAAAGUCCAACAAGAAAAAGUCCAGCUACUACACCUAGAAAUAAAAGUCCAACAAGAAAAAGUCCAGCCUCUACACCUAGGAAACAAAGUCCAACAAGAAAAAGUCCAGCCUCUACACCUAGGAAACAAAGUCCAACAAGAAAAAGCCCAACCACUACACCUAGAAAUAAAAGUCCAGCAAGAAAAAGUCCAGCCACUACACCUAGAAAACAAAGUCCUACCAGGAAAAGCCCAGCCUCUACACCUAGGAAACAAAGUCCAGCUAGAAAGCAAAGUCCAUCUAGGGAAGAUGCAACAACACCAAGGAACAAGAAAACUUCAACAAACUCAGCUGGACUAAGUAACGGUGAAGCAAACAAAGGGAAUUCUAAAGUUAGGAAAGAAAAAGUGUCCAGUGUGCAGGAUCUCCUCUUUGAAAAUGGUGAACAGACAACUGAGAAGAAGCCCGAGGGCAAGAGACGUCCAACUACACCUAAACCGGGAAAAAGGGAGAAGACGCCGGACAGAAAGAAACGGGAGGCAUCUGCAGAGAGGCGAAGUGAUGAUGAUGCAAGUGAAAAGAGUGAUUUGCCUAGUUACAUGCAAUCAACAAAGUCCAGCAGGAGGAAGAAGUCGAUAGGGAACAGUGAGGAACUGUUGGAGGAGAAUAAGCAGAAGAAAGGGAUGCCCACCACCCCAAGGAAGAGCGUCACAGAGGAGGAGCAGGAGGGAUUUACCACGAUGAACGACAAUCCUUUCGUCCGGAGUGAUCGUCAGCGAACUUCUUUAGGACCAAUUGGACAGGGAACAUCAGGAAAAUGGUAUCGCAAAGAACCACUGAAGGAUGAAGAGGAAAGCAAGAAAGGUAAAACACGUACACCGAAGAAACAGAGGUCCUCAUCCGUAUCAUCAACAACAUCAGAGAAAAAUGUGGUCAACGGAAAUUCUAAAAUCAAUUCUAAAAAUGUCCUAAAGAGUGAUGAAAGGUUGGAUCUCUCAGGUCUGGGGUCACAAUCAAGUCUGCUGGAGACAGACCUUGAUGAGGCGAUGGGGUAUAACAACAGUGGAGGAAAUCUAGACUCAGAUGACACCCAGGUCUUCAUCGAUACUAUUCCAUUUACUAACAGCCAUUUUCUUGGACCUGACUUGAAAACCUAUGCUGAAAAUAUCUCUAAAAACAUUGCUGAAAAAGAAGUUUUGAAGCUUGAAGGUGACAAUAAUCAAAAUGAGAACUCAGCAAAAUCCAAUGUGAAGCUCUCGCUACCACCACCAGGGGCAGAGUCUGAGGAAAAAGAAGCAGAGGUCACACAGACUCUUGAUGGCAAGGAGGAUGCAACAUCCAGACAGAAGCUUCUGAGUGAAGAGGAGCAGGCAGGUGUUCCCGUGGAAACAGAAGAAGGAGAAGAUGAAGUGGCUCCUGUAAGAGUCAACCUCAGCAGCUGGGAUCCUACUAAGUUACUGAAGGAUUUGUAUGCAGUCCAGCUAAUGCCAGAUGAUGCCAAGGACAUCUCAGAUAAGUUUGUUGCCAUGGAGGGACUGAUGGAGAAGCUUCCCAUGAACAAGAAGAAGGCGACACUGCUGAAAACGUGGAAACGCAGAUUCUUCCGAGCGAAGGAUGGCUGGCUGUAUUAUUACGAGACGAGUAGUCGAGACAAGCCCAGUGAUACACUACAGCUGAUGGGAGGAAAGGUGGACGACCUCGGGAACAGGAUUCUGGGAAUUGAUGACGGGAGAGGGAAAUACCUGAUGGUUCGAUGUCCGACAGACAAGGAGUACGGCCAGUGGAAGUUAGCAUUAGAGUCACAGACUGCGGACAAUGUCAAGGCCACUUAUGUACGACCAGUGUUGUCAUGUCCCCAGCAUCCUCAGAAAAAAGUGAUCCUGAUAGACAUAGGAAGUAGUGCCAUACGAGCAGGAAUUCUGGGAGAACAUGCUACCUUGCCGACUCUGUUUUUCCCUAACGUGGUAGCCCAUUCUGGUGACAGUAAGGAGCUGGCUGUAGGAAUUGAAGCGUUUAAACCAGAGUACAGGAAGACGACGUCUAAAACUGUCCACCCCACGGAUAAAGUGGACAAGGAUUUUUUGCGACCUUUUAGUAUUGAUAUGUCUACAAUUGGUGCUGUAUUCAAAAAAGUUUUCACCGACCUCAAAGUGGAACCAUCUGAAUACUGGCUGAUGAUCAGCACCCCUCAGAACCUGGGAGAUAAGAUCCGGGCUGGACUGAUGGAGACACUAAUUGAUAAGUACGGUGUUCAGGGCGUGUGUAUGGUGAUGCAGUCACUUCUAGCUCUCUACUCCUACAAUGCCACGUCUGGAAUCAUAGUAGACGUCGGAGAAAGGAUGGAGAUCCUACCAAUCUAUGAUGGUUUUGUGAUAGAGGGUGGGGUUUCCAGGCAGUCGUACGGAGGUCAAAAGGUCAUAGAAUCUCUGAACUCCUGUCUCCAGGGUUACAACUUCUCCACACCGAUACAACAGCUACUGGUCCGUUACGUCAUGGAGCAGUCCUGUUACCUAGUCAAUGAUUACAAGGAAACCCUGAAGAAAUGUGAAGAGGACCCAGACAGUUAUAAAGCCACUGUUUACCUCAAUAACUUUGAUCUUCCAGAGGGUGCCACUAUGGAGGUCACCCAUGACUACAGCUGUUUUAAGAGUCCGGAGGGGUUCUUUAACACCGACCUGUGGGGGAUGGACUACCCCUGUGUCCACAAGCUAGUGUUCCAGGCCAUCCAGUCCUGCCCCAUAGACAGCAGAAAGAGAAUGUACAGGGCCAUUUUCCUGAGUGGGGGUGUAACCAGGUUACCAGGAUUUGCUGAAAGGUUACAGUGUGAACUUCAGAAGUUAGCUCCCCCUUCUGUUAUGGUGGAGGUACAUGCCUCCCCCCAGAGGUAUCACAGUGCCUACAUUGGGGCCUGCUCUCUGGCCAACAUGGAACAAUUCAAGCAAAUCUGUAUCAGUGCCGAGGAAUGGAAGAAAGAUGGAGUCAAGACAUUCAAAAAGUGGAAUAUGGCGGGCUGAAAGGCAUGCUGGGAGAAAUAUUUAAGUUGAGGGUAGUUCUCAAAAUUUACAUUUAAUAUUCCUUUACAUUUCCAUUGAUCAAUAGUUUGUGGGAUUCCUGCACAUAUCUGGAUGUUGUUAUGAAAUACAAUUUUUUGGUAUUUCCUACAAAAUAAUUUUUCUGUGAUCCUUUUGAUUAACUGCAUUUUUUGAUUAUAAUUAUUAUCAAUAUAUUAUAUUUAUUUCUGCCUGUCUGUAAUAUUAUCCUUUUUUUAAUGUUUUUUUAAUAAUCUAUUAUUUUGACUGGAGACUUUUAUUGUAUUGAGAAACUUAACCAAAGACGUUCACAUUUGUAAUGAUGAUAUGAAAAUGGACCAUUUUCAAUAAGUCUUUGCUAUUUUCUAUGUUUUUCUAUAAGAUGGGAUCUUUUAUUACACAUUCAGUGCACACUGCCAUCUUGAAAGGCUGCUGUUUAUGUGUUCUGAAUGAUUUGUUAAAUUUGUGUGCACUUUGAUAAAAAACACCAAGCUUGUCUUCCAUAUCGGUCAUUUAAUGCUAACAGUUUGUGUAGGUUGUGUUUUAUAUUUUGUGUUUCUCAGUCAAGUGUUCCAAUGAAGUGUGUGUGCUUUGAUUGUGUAAAGCAAUUUUAAAUGAUUCUUCUGUGUGGAAAGCAUUUCAAUCUGAAAUAAUUGAGGAAAUUAUUUUAAAAAACAAGAUACUGAAAAUUUUUUCCAAUUGAAAAAUAAGCAUGUUUGAAAUAUUACAUUGAUAUACAUACUAGUAGGAGGAGAUAAAUCUGAGGAUUUCUUAUACUCAGUGUGUGUCUUGCCAAAAAGAGAACUUUUCCUAGAUAUGAAUAAUUCAAUUCCCUUGCUAGUAGAAUUCUGGUCUCUUCUUCAUAGCAUGAUUGGAAUUCAAAUGAUUGUAUAUAUCAACAAAUCAAGCAUUUCUUGAAUGUAUUUUCAAUUUAGUUCUUUUUUUCCUUAUACCAUAUGGUGCAUCAGACAAUAUUUUGGACUUGAACUCUGCAUAGAAAAUUAUCUUCAUAUAUCGUGUUCUUAUUGUCCAAAUCAUGGUUGUCUUUUCAAUUUUUUUAGUUUGCAGUGCCACACUUUCAUUGCAAAUUUAAGUAUGACUAAUUUUUUAAAUGCUAAGUUGGAUUUUUUUUGGAAAAAAAAUGAUUAUGUUUAUAGGAGCUUUCUACUAGAAUUACACUGUUGUUACGAGGGGUGAUCAAAAAGUUCACGAACUAUCUCUAUAUCUACAAAACCAUAAUUCAGAUUAGAAAAAAAUUUGGUACACACAUAGCCAUACACAAGUUCUAUAAAUAGCAUAUGCUGAAUAAAGUUUUGCUCCUUGUUUGUGACGUCACAAUGUAAAAAUGACG